AUGCCAGGAUUUUUCGAAGCUUUCGAGGUUUACAACAGAAAGAAGCAUUCUUCAAACCCCUCUAUGUUCGGUUCGAACCACUCCAACAUCGGGGGAAACAACACUGGGUACAUGUUCGCGCACGAGUACAGGGAGCCCAAGAAAGAGAAGUUGGCGACAGAGGCUAUGAUGGCCCCAAAGGAUGAGGGAUCCACAUCAAGGAAGAGCUCUGUAUCCUCCACUGAGGAAGCACUAGAGCAGAUGCCUCGAAUGGUGGACGUAUCGAAGAUGUCACAGGCCGAGUUUGAGAGCAUAUUCCGGACCUUACACAAGGAAGAGCAAAGAAAGGGUGAGCCCAACAACAGGGUAAACUUCUGA